AUGGGCUCUGCGAGUGAUAGCGAGUUCUCGCAAGCCGUUCUAAAAGGAUUCGAAAAGUAUCCAGAUACUCCUUUCAUUAUCCCUGCCAACCCACAACUUGUUAUCCUGCCCAUGUCGAUGUAUAUGGAAUCGAAAACACAUCCUGCGGCAGACGUUAGCGAGGAGAGGAAUGAACGAUUCAUGGGCCACUGGACCCGUGCAGGUGUCCAAAAUCCGGAGAUUUACUCUGCCAUCCGUCAAGAUCUCUCAAAGAAUCUCAACAUUGUUCUGCCACUUAUCCAGGAUGAAACAAAGUAUGCCUUCAAAGAGUUGAAUAUACAGUCAGACUGGACAUCAGUCAACAUCAAUUCGGCCAUGUUGAGGAUGAUCGCCCUGAUUAGCGGACGGGUGUUCGUGGGAAGCCCGCUCAGUAGGAGCGAAGAAUGGCUUGACGCAUCCAUCAACUACACAAGGACCCUUUCAAAAGUUCAAGAUGACUAUUUGGGUCUGGGUCCAGUAUUGUCUAAUAUUGCGGCACCAUUCCUGGGCUCUGUGUGGAGGGCAAGGUGGUACAUGACGAAGGCUCAGACAUGGAUGAGGCCCCUUGUUGCCGAGAUCCUUGCGUCGGAGAAAACAAUGGACGGACCCUCCAAGGCUGGAAUUACGGGAUGCUUCAUAUCUUGGCUUCUGAAAUAUAUCCCAGACGCCGACAAAACCGCCUCUAGAGUUGGUGAAGAUCAAAUGAUUGUAUCAUUUGCUGCCAUCCAUACUACUAGCAAUACAGCUGCAAUGGCUAUACUCGAUCUUGCGUCUCGUCCUCAGUACAUCGGGGAGCUUCGCGAAGAGGUUGAAACUGUGGUUGCAGAAGAAGGCGAGCAGAAUGAAGACGGCAACAUUUAUCUUGGGAAGGCUGCUUUCGCAAAGAUGAAGAAGCCUGAUAGCUUCAUCAAGGAGAGUCAACGUUUCAAUAGUCUUGCAUUCGUGACACCCGCCUACAAACUGUUGAACAACGCCACUUUCUCAAACGGAAUCAAGCUGCCAAAGGGCACGCGUAUAACCUUCCCUCACCACGGAUUAGCUAUGUCAACAACGAAUAAGUAUUUGAGCUCCGAAAACAAUGUGGAAGCUGGUAAUGCCGGACCAGGUGUUUUUGACGGGUUCAGAUACGCGAGGCUGAGGGAGCUCCCUGGGCUUGAAUCGAAGCACCAGGCGGCCUCAACUGGUUUGGACAGUCUCACAUUCGGACAUGGUCCACACGCUUGCCCUGGACGCUUUUUUGCCAUUUACGAAGUGAAGAACUUGCUUGUUGAGUUAUUGCUUAAUUAUGACUUCAGGCUUGCCGGCACUGGAGAUGACCGUGACCAGGAGGCGAUUCGCCCUGCCAAUGUUGCGCACAAAAUCUCUAAUAUGCCCAACCCCGGUGCCGUUCUUGAAGUCAGAGCUCGUAAAGCAUAA